GCCAAAGCAGGACAAGGCGAGCGAAGUGGGAAAAAAAAAAGUUCCUCCCCCUCCAAAGCGCGCUUGAAAUUCCCCCUCCGUUUAUGGGUCACUAUCUGUUUAGCGGGGCCCGGCGAUUUUCCAGCGCCAUUUUCCUGACUCUGCAGUCCUGCGGUCCACAAAAUAAUUGCUCUCCCUUAUACCGCCGCACUCCUUGUCUCUCGCAUUUUAAUACGAAGCGCUCGCCCUUUGUUUUUCGAGGCUUCACUACCAUUACCCCGAAUAGUGUGACGGACGCAGCCAUGGCAUCUGCCGCCGACCUCACUGCCGCCGUGGAAGGGCUUCAGAUCCAGUCCACGACGCAGACCUCCAAGUACCCUAACUGCUUUCCUUCCUUGAACCCGGUCGACCUCUACAGAGUGCAUAUUGCGGAGAAGUUGGGCGAAGCUACCGGUAUUGAGGCGGAGAAGAUCUAUACUCGUCUCCAAUGGACCAGCACAUUGGACAAGGGUGACCUGUUGUUGCCAGUUCCCUCCCUGCAGAUCAAGAAGAACCCUCAGGAACUGUGCAAAGAGCUCGCCGAAAAGUUCCCCGAGUCCGAUCUCGUCCUCCCCCCGGUUCCAUUUGGCGUCCACCUGCAAUUCUUCUUCAAGCCCCAAGGCUUGACUCAGACGGUUGUGAGCCGCAUCUUGAAAGAGAAGGCGGCCUAUGGCACAAAUGGCAACCAAGGUCUUAAGGACCCCUCGGACCCUUCCAAGGGUCAAAAGAAGAUGAUCGUCGAGUUCUCUUCGCCCAACAUCGCUAAGCCCUUCCACGCUGGUCACUUGCGUAGUACCAUCAUCGGCGGUUUCCUGGCCAACCUCUACACCGUCAUGGGAUGGGACGUCAUCAAGAUGAACUACCUUGGUGACUGGGGUAAGCAGUAUGGUCUGCUCGCCAAUGGAUAUAAGCGUUUUGGUGACGAGGAGGCGCUGAAGAAGGAUCCCAUCAACCACCUGUUUGAUGUGUAUGUGAAGAUCAACGCCAUUGUCGCCGAGCAGGAGGGUCCCAUCAAGGAACUGAAGGAGCAGAUCAAGGCGAAGAAGGAGAAGAACGAGGAUGUCUCCGGACUCGAGGCGGAGCUGCAGAAGCUUGUCGACGUCAGUGAGGAUGAGAGCGCUCGCCGCUAUUUCAAGAGCAUGGAAGAUGGCAACGAAGAGGCUCUCGCUCUCUGGAGCCGUUUCCGUGAGCUCAGUAUUGAGAAGUACCGUCAGACCUACGCCCGUCUGAACAUCGAAUUCGAUGUAUACUCUGGCGAGUCUCAGAUCAAGAAUGAGAGCAUGACCUCUGCCUACGAGACCUUAGAGAAGACCGGCGUCUCCGAGAAGUCUGAGGGCGCCGUGAUUGUUGACUUCACCAAGCACGGUGCUAAGAAGCUCGGAAAGGCUAUCAUUGUCCGUAAGGAUGGCACGCCUCUCUACCUUACUCGUGAUAUUGGUGCUAUCACUGAGCGUGAGGAGGCCUAUCACUUUGACAAGAUGAUUUAUGUCGUCGCUGCCCAGCAGGAUCUUCAUCUAGCCCAGCUCUUCAAGAUCACGGAGUUGAUGGGUUACAAGGAUCUGGCCAGCCGCUGCCAGCACAUUAACUUCGGUAUGGUCCGCGGAAUGAGCACUCGUAAGGGUACCGUGAAGUUCUUGGAUGACAUCCUGAGGGAUGUUCGUGACAAGAUGCACGAAGUCAUGAAGAAGAACGACGAGAAGUACAAGCAGGUCGAGAACCCCGAGGAGACGGCCGAUAUUCUGGGUAUUACUUCCGUCAUGGUGCAGGAUAUGAGUGGCAAGCGUAUCAAUGGAUAUGACUUCAACCUGGACGCUAUGACCUCCUUUGAGGGUGAUACCGGCCCUUAUCUGCAAUAUGCUCAUGCCCGUCUCUGCUCGAUUAUUCGCAAGUCGGAGCUGAAUGUCGAGGAGCUGGGCUCCGCGAACCUGGACCUCCUGACCGAAUCCCACGCUUCGGAUCUGGCGCGUAUGCUGGCACAGUGGCCAGAUGUCCUGCUGAACACUACGCGCACUCUGGAGCCGACCACCAUCCUUUCUUACCUGUUCCGCAUGACUCACAGCCUAAGCUCCAGUUACGAUGUGCUUAAGGUUGUGGGAAGCGAGCCUGAACUGAAGAAGGCUCGUAUGGCUCUGUACGAAGCCGCCCGCCAGGUCCUGCACAACGGCAUGCGGGUGUUGGGUCUCAGCCCCGUUCAACGUAUGUGAGGAACGAAACGAAAAGCUUCGAUACAAACCGUAGCUCACGGUAGUUCUACAAAUACCAGCAUCUGUUUCUUUCUAUUCAUUCUUAGCAUUAUCAUGGAGAGCAAUUGAUUUCAGGCAAGGACUUUAAUGAAUGCCUCGUUAAGAAUAUGACUCGCUGUAGACCUACUAUUCUACCUAGUGGCAGUACUAGUAGAGGCAUCACCCCGGUGGGAGGCCUCAGGCCCUCGAUGUCUUGAUCUCAAUGCGGGGAACCCAAGCGGUGAAACAGGCGGUGGAGGGAUACUGCCUCAAUGCCCCUCCAUGUAACACCACGUGACGGGCCAAGUGGAACUUUUUCUACCGCAAACGGACAUGUGAUUGGCGGAUCGCGUG